AUGACACCGUCUGCCAAUCACCAAGGCGAUGGCGCCCUGCAGGACGGCAGCUCCGACGCGGCCCCUGCCCCAGCGUCUCCAAACCCAAACCCACCAUCCGGUCCCGAUGGUGGCUAUGAUGCCGCGACAGGCAAUGGAAGCCCGCCGGCAAACAGUAGGCGCUCCACCACAACCCGCCUCUCGCGAACGAAUACACAGAACGCAAAGGGGGAAAAGGGGCAGCCCAGGCCUACUGCUUCCAACGCCCCUUCCAUCGGACUGGAUCCCCUGAGCAACCAGAUAUACCUACGGACAAACAGCCACACCGAACAAUCCCAGUCCAUCGCCCAGCGGCUGCUUGUCCCUGGCCGUCCCGAGAGCCCAAAUACAGAGGCAGCAGAGACGACAAACAACAAGCCGCCCAGCGCUGUUGUGGAUGCCACCAAGGAGUGGAGGAAGGGAUCUUCGUUCCUCAGCCGACUCAGCAUGCGAACACCGUGGACACGAGACGAUGACGUGCCGGAUUCCGACUCUGAGCUCGGCGAAGCGCGCGACGACGGCGCCAAUGCGCGCGCCCUCACCUCGGUCCUGGGCGCCGGCGGUGGCUACAUCCCGUUCUACAAGGAGCCGCCUCGGUACAUCAAGGCCAAGACCAGGAACAAGAAGACCCGGGAGUUUAACAGGAUGUUCCUGGCGCAAGAGCUCUCAGCGGCCGGCCCCAACAAGGACGACGACAGCACCCGCGCGCCUUCCAUGGCGGUCGGCAAGAAGAUCCUCAAGGGGGGCUCUGCCGCGAUCUGGGCGACCGAGUUCAGCUGCGACGGCCGAUAUCUGGCGGUCGGAGGCAAGGGCGACAGGAUCCGCGUGUACGCAGUCAUCUCGACGCCCGAGGACCGCAAGGCGCAGGAAGAGGACGAGGUGCAGUGCGGCAACGUUGGCGAGAAGCUGAGCGCGCCCGUCUUUCGAAGCAAACCGAUCCGUGAGUUUGAGGGGCACACGGGGGAGGUCCUGUCCAUGUCCUGGGGCAAGAAUGGAUUUCUGCUGUCUGCUUCCAUGGACAAGACGGUCAAGCUUUGGCAUCCUUCCCGAUCCGAGAGCCUGGCGACAUUUAAACACACGGACAUUGUCACGUCCAUUGCGUUCCACCCGACGGACGACCGAUUCUUCCUGGCAGGGUGCCUCGACGCGCAGCUGAGGCUGUGGAGCAUUCCGGACAAGGACGUGCCGUAUUCCGCCGAGGCGGACGAGUUCAUCACGGCCGUGGGCUUCAGCCCGGACGGCAAGACGGCCAUCUGCGGUGGGCUCAGCGGCAUGUGCACGUUCUACGAGACGGAGGGCCUCGAGGCGCAGUUUCAGAUUCACGUGCGGUCGUCGAGGGGUAAGAACGCCAAGGGCAGUAAGAUCACGGGCAUCGAGACGACCAAUGUGCAGUCCGGGCCGAGCGCGGGCGAUGUCAAAGUCCUGAUCAGCUCCAACGACUCACGCGUCCGCGUGUACAGUCUCAAGACCCGGAUGCUGGAGGCCAAGUACCGAGGCCAUGUCAACCAGUCGAGCCAGAUCCACGCCCGCUUCACGGAGGACGGACGACAUAUCAUUUGCGGCAGCGAGGAUCGAAAGGCCUACAUCUGGGGUCCUGCGGCCGUCGACGGCGGCGAUCGAGACAAGCAGCCUCACGAAUGCUUCGACGCCCACCCCGAGGUGGUCACGACGGCCGUCGUGGCGCCUACGAAAAGCCGACAGCUCCUGAGUGCGUCGGGCGAUCCCAUCUAUGACCUCUGCAAUCCACCACCUGUCACGCUGGUCAGUUUAGCGGAAAGCCAGGCGUCUGAUGGGGAGGGGGAAGGCAGCCAGCGUCCCCGACACGACUCGAACGCCCGGAAGCCAGAGGAGACGCCGGCCUACGUGGAGCGCUCGAAACACCACGACGGCAACAUUAUCAUCACCACGGACAGGACAGGCACGAUCAAGGUCUUUCGUCAAGACUGCGCGUACGUCAAACGUCAGCAGAACAUGUGGGAGACGGGGUCCAAGUUCUCAGGGAAGCUGGGAGGAGGCGUGGGCCGCAGCGCAAGCAUCAGGACAAAGGCGAGUGGCGCGAGCCGCGUGCAGUCGAGACGAGGGUCCGUGAGUCUCGCCAACAGCCCUAUCCUUCCGCAACCAGCAUCCGACCGUAUCAUCAGCUGGCGGCAGGACGUGGACGGGACCCGGCUCCGAAGCAGGAACGUGACCCCGGCGCGCAGCGAGCGUUCGCUAUCACCCAACAAGGCGAGCAGGACGUCGCUCGUCACCAAUGGCACACCGGCGCAGGAGACGAGUCGGGGGUCCAUGCUCAGGAGCACCCCCGGGAGCCCGACCAGCAGCACGCACACGACGCGGACGACGGGCCGGCUGGGCAAGACGCACCUCUCCGACGCGACGAUUCCACCAACACCGAGUUUCAGCUUUAUGAGCGCGGCGGACUCGAGGAAGCCGGAGGGCGAUGGCAGCUUUUGGAACCGGUGGCGACCAGCCAACAAGGCCUCCUCCGGGUCGUUGGCCCCUGGCAGCCCAAUCGACAUGCCGGGCCGACGGAGCAUGGGUGUCAGCGAGACGGCGCGCCUGUCUGCGGCGGAGGACAAGCAGUCGCGUCGUCUGUCCUCGGCCGCACGACUCCCCUCGGGAUCUUCCAAGCUGGGCGCGUCGGAGACGAUGGAGGAGUCACCGCCACCAACACCAGCAGCAGUGUCCGUGGUGGCUCCGAGGGAGGACUCUGGGAUUGGACGACUGAGCGGCGAGUCUGUCGCCGGCAAGAAAGCAUGA